UUCUACAUCAUUGGCGCAACGUGACAGCCGAAAAGUCUCGCAUAAGGGGAAAAGCAAUGGCCGACGACGACCUCAAAUGUGGAACCACACGUCCUUCCGAGGGGGCGAGGAAGAACGUCCGAAAUGAAAAUGAGAAAAAAGAAACAUCACCGACAACAAGACACCUUGUGUACUUGCCCCUCCUCGAAGGAUACAUGUUCAGACUGGUUGAACUUCAACCCGGCCAGCCUCGUGACCCGGUCUCCAUCCGUGUCUGGAUCGUCGAACUGGGAUACCAUCCAGAUUACGAAGCCAUCUCGUACGUCUGGGGGGAUCCGACCUGCCCGGAGUCGAUAUCUUGCAAUGGGAGGCCAUUGGAAAUAACGACUAGUCUACAUGCCGUGUUCAAGAGAGUUCGGUACACAGACCGAUCACGCGUGUUGUGGGCCGAUGCGGUCUGUAUCAAUCAACAGAACAAGGCUGAACGAUCGCAUCACGUUUCGUUCAUGGGUGAGACAUAUAGACAUGCCAAACGAGUUCUUGUUUGUUUUGGAGGUCAUGACAAACACACCAGUACUUGGACCGGCAGCAGUGAUGAUGGUAAUGAUGAUGCAGACGACGUCGCAGACCUCGUCGCGGAAUACUCUUCCAAGAUUCCCAUUGAGGUCUCCAUGGCCACCGCCACCCCCACCGACAAUCCUCAGCUCGAUUCCCGAGACCCAAUCCUCGCCGACACGCGAUGGAAAGCCGUGGCGACGCUCUCCAAGGAUCCCUGGUUCACGAGGGCUUGGGUGGUUCAAGAGGUAGGCAUGGCGAAGGAUCCGGUGUGUCUGUACGGCGGUGGCAGUGGUCGAGAAUUCCAUUAUCGCGACCUGAUGCGGCUGGCGGUGUGGACCAUGAUAUGCGCCCCUCAGCUCGAGACCCGUCAUGGGAUUUCGUUCGGCAGCGUCCACACGGAUUGGAUCGAUUGGUCCGUCGGGUGGAAGGAGACGUCAACGUACCCAGACGAAGUGUUCUUGGAUCUGUUGUGUCAUUCGCGUUGGUUGGAGUGUGCAGUUAGACAAGAUCACAUUUAUGCCUUUCUCGGACACCCUUUGGCGUUUGUGGAGGCGGACAACGACGACGAGAGAAAGAGUCCCAUAGUCGAACCUGAUUACGACAAGCCUGCCGAACAGGUGUUUUUGGAGUUUGGAAAGACCCUCCUCAAGCACUUUGGACUUCGUGUCCUCUCGGCCGUCGAGCACGAUGAGCACACGUGGAAGGAUUGUCACUCGGUCCCUUCUUGGGUACCACUCUAUCACAAUGUCAAUUCGUUGACCAACAGUCUUGGUGUCUUUGCUGGGUUUUAUUUUGAUGCUUCUUCUUCUUCUUCUUCUUCCUCGGCCUAUGUUGACUCCACGGAAAAGAAAUACAACCCUAUAUUUGUGAAUGAAACAGAUCUCAAGUUGAGAGGUUGUCAGGUCGAUGUCGUCCAGAAGACCUUCAAGUUUUCAGAGGCUGAUUUACAAGAUUUGGAAAUAACAACAACAAGAAAAGAAAAGGAUGACGAAUUCGAAAAGAAGACGACGAUCAACAAACAUACUUGUACGGACAGUGGUCGAAAGCCCAGUGACAACCAAAAUACUUUGUUGGAUCGCAUCAUGUUGGAGGCCCUGACGGAUCAACACCACCACAACGGCCACGCUUACGACUCCUCAUCAGAGAGAGUCAUGGCACUCAGUCUGACGUUGUGUACGGGCCUGUCGACUUAUAAAUGUGCAGAAGAUAGACUGGAACAACAUUGCGACGACUUUGCAGCUUAUUAUCCUCAUUGGAAACAGACGAGAAGAGAAGCAGCAGCAGGAGCAGCUUCGAGUCACGACGACACUGCCGAACCUGAAUUGUCCCGAAAACGUGUCCUACCGGGGGAUGCCUCGCGUGGGGACUUCGAAAGGUUCUUGACCGAUAUGAGGCUGGGUUGCACCGGACGGAGCUUCAUCUUGACAGAAAAGGGCCGGUUCGGACUCGGUCCCGUCAGCGCAGAAGCAGGGGAUGUCUGUUGUGUUUUGUACGGGUCAAGGGUAUCUUUUGUGCUUCGCGAGUGGGAUGGGACCGGUCGAUACAAGAUGAAAGGCGAGGUUUAUAUUCACGGCAUCAUGAGAGGAGAGGCGAUCAAAACAUCCGAGGGUGAACUGGAUGCUGGGAUUGAUAUUGUCAUUUGCUAA